UCAUGCGCGUUAGAGUCUGUGAUGGCAGUAUGGUGUGUGAAGGUUAAUGUUAGGUAAAACGUUAGUACAGUUCAUAAAACUAUAUUGGAAUUUAACAUAACGGAGCGUUUAACCAGCGUUUACAGUGUGUUUGACCAAGAGCGGUGUGAACUUCCUGACGGGCUGCGGACUCAGCAGUCAUGGCCGGUCUGUCCAGCUACGCCGUGCGCAUGGCCAGACUGAGCGCACAGAUCUUCGGGGAGGUUGUGCGUCCGACAGACUCCAAAUCUAUGAAGGUGGUGCAGCUGUUCAAAGAGACUCCUCUGGCCAAGACAAAGGAGGUGUAUGACUGGUACCCACAGCACAAGAUUUACUACGCCUUGACCCAGAAGCUCAGGUUCAUGGGACUGUUCAGAGAUGAGCACGAAGACUUCAAGGAGGAGAUGCGUCGCCUGAGGAAACUGAGAGGAAAAGGAAAACCAAAGAAAGGAGAAGGGAAGAGAGCGACCAAGAAGAAAUGAGCUGUUUAUUUUUUUCUUUUUCUGGAGGCAGACAGCAUCAGACUGUGUACACCAUCUCUGCAGAGGAUUGUUAAUCCUGGGAGAAUUCCAUUGGUUUGGUCAGGGCUGUCCUGCUGCUUUGUCAGGAGCUUUUCUGCGACGGGUGUAUCAAAGUGAAUUCCAUCCUUUUAUUGUUUGAUGUUCGAUCUCUUGUAUUUAAGUUACAGAAGGUGAAACAGUAUGGAGUCCCAAACAGCCAGUCAAAUACUAAUAUGUAACUUUUAUGUUCUAAAACAAGCUGAUGAUAAUACUGUAAGCAUCUGAGCUUAGCUUAACUGUUAUUGGAGUGGUUGCAAAAUGAUUUUAAGAACCAAACAUGUUUUACAUUUUCAAAAUAAAAUCAAUGUGAGGAAUGUGCAGAGUGUUACAAAGCUCUUUGUGCCUGCUAUUCAGAAACACUGCAGCGAAACCACAACACAGUACACAGAUGUAAGUUAUGACUCAUUUAUUUAAUAUGGUAUUGUGAAAAUUUGGCAUCACUGAUGUUUACAAAAUCUCGUGUCAGCUGUGGAUCCCUGUAGUUCCCAAAACUCUGCGCUGGGUCACCACUGACGGGUACAGGACAGAAAAGAAUAUAAUUCAGAAAAAAAUAGGCUUUUAGUGGUCCAAUUUCACAGCUGCUGAUGUGACUUCUACUGCCUGUCAAACAGAUCUUGAAUUCAGUUUUUGUAAACUUGUCAUAGUAAAACUAAAGUACAAUAUUAACUGAGACAGGUCUUGCACUAUCAAUUGGUCUCUGUGCCCUGCCUUGUGCAUAGAUGAUCAAAAUAAUAAUUUUGAUCAUAUCUGUUAGUAUGGGCAGCAUAAUGUUAUAGUAAAUGAUCAGGUUCUAGCUCCACCUACAGGAAGGUUGCAGACUGCAAGUAUGCAAUAAAUGGUUACCAAGUCCCCA